AUGACUUCCCUCAGUGAAGCAAAUGCUAAGCUUGCCAUUGACUUCUUCCAUCUGCUGCGGAAAGAACACCCAUGUGGAAAUGUCCUCUUUUCUCCAGUUAAUCUCUCCACUGCCCUGCACCUGUUGCUUUACGGAUCACGGCAUGAAACAAAAGCUGAAAUUGAAAAGGCGGUGAAAGCCGGAACUCAGACCACUGCAAGGGAAGCUGGUUGUGAAGCUGAGGAAGGAGCCUCCUCACCUGUAACACCUGGAGAAGAUGAGAGACGAGCAGAUGGCAACCUGGAGUUCUCAGUGGCGGAAACCACUGGCGAGCUUGAUUCUGAGGAAGUUUCUCCCUCUUACUUUAUUCCUUGGAGGAAACAUCUCCAGGGAAUGGAAGAGGCUGAAUAUCUAGUUCAAGAGCAGUCAUCUCCAAAAGAAAAAGUAUCCCGGAAUCCAUCUACUUCACGUGAAAACCUGGAAGAACAACCUAUCAAUGAAAACAUGGCAGCUGCAGAAGCAGGUCUCCACACAUCUUCCCAUGCAGCCAGCGAUAAUAUUAGUGCCCUGUUGUCUGAGUUCAGACACACAGUGAAACAUGCAGACGACAGUGUGCAGGCGUUCAAGGAAACUUUUGGUAUUUUUAAAGAAUGUUGUGACAAAGUGUGUACAAGCAUGUCAAACCUGCAAGUUGUUCUAGAAGCUCUAGUUACCAUCCUAAGAGAGUAG